AUGGCCGCUCUCCAGCCCGGCGUGCCCUGUCUGCGCUCAGCGGCAGCGCUCGGUACCGGCCCGGCCGCCCCGCGCCCAGCUGUGCCCGCUCGGCCCUCACCGGCCGCGGGCUGCUCAGCGCGCCGAGCCGCUCUCCUACCGGGUACGUGUCCGUUACCUCAGCGCCGCCGUUGCCUUCAGGUGGGACGGGGCCCGGGGCGGGGAACAGCGGAAAGCGAAAGUAAAAGCGAAAGCGGCCGUCGGUCGGUCGGCACCAUGGAUGUACCGCUGCUGGUGCGGCUCUGCCCCGCGCCCGACGGCGGCGAGAAGGCGAUGCUGAAGCUGCACAGCUACUUCCAGUCUCCCAAGCGCUCGGGAGGCGGAGAGUGCGAGGUGCAGGCGGGCUCCGAACACGGCACGUACCGGGUGUACUUCCAGCACGAGCGAGAUAAGAAGAGAGUGGAGUCCCGCUCGGAUCACACCUUGGAGCUGGGGGGAAAGGGGCUGAAGGUCGUCAUCCUGCAGCCCGAUGCAGGGGCUCAGAGGGAGGGACCGGCCACGGUACAGGCAGAACGCGGCCAAGCACAGCACCUCUCCCCGCCCGGAGCAACGGAGCUGCGGGCAGCUCAGGGACACCAGGAUGGAGCAGAUGAAGUGCUGACAAAAAAGAUUUUUCUUACAGUAUCUGCAGUGUUGAAUACCAGUAUGUUCACUGAACAGCAGAGGGAGAGAAUUACCAUUAUUUGUCCAAACUUAAAAAGAGAAGGAAAUCCUGAUGCUGAUGGCUCUGAGAAACUGACAGGAGAUUAUACAGAUAUCGAAAAAGCUUAUUGCUACUUUAAAGACGUCCUUGCAGGCAACAAGUUGCAUUCUGAAAGUAAGAAAGGUUUGGAAGAUGAGAACGGUCUGAAUACUGAAGAAAUGAAUGCGCUUAUAGUUCCAUCAGCUAUCUAUGAGUAUUUCUGUCAUACCUGCAAAGAACAGAUUAAAGAAAUGCAGAGACGUUUUGGAGUGCGUAUAAAAAGUAAAGAUCAUUACAAUGGAAACACAUCCAUCUCCUUCCUUUCUGAUACGAGUCCCUCAUCAAUACAAAAAGCUAAUGAGUUUUUUAUCAACGCUUUCCAGAAGGCUGCCAAAGAUGUGGCACAGGAAGACAUUCCCAUAGCAAACAGUUACCAGUGGAAUGAGGCAAUAAUGAAACUAAAUGCUAAGUUUACUAAUCUUCUCAUCAAACAGGAAGAUAAUCAAUUGCUCCUCCGUGGACCGAGAAAUGAGAUUAUGGUUGCCAAAAAAUUUCUAGGAGAGGUAAAAGAGAACAACCGAGAUGAAAAGGAUGCCAGGAUGUCUGAGCUGAACGCCUACAGGAAUGGCAUUGAAGUUGAUGCUUCUGUGUUUAAGCUGUUGGAACCUGUGUUAAGAAAAGAAAUUGAAGACAUUCAAGAAAGCUUUGAUGUUGUAAUAGAAAAGAUAGGCAGCUCAGGUAGCCAGAAGGUGUUCCUAGUAUUUAAGUCUGGGACCAAAAAUUCUGAUAUGCUUUCACAUUCUAUUGAAAGUUUCACUGACAGAUUUCAGAAUGCCUUUGCAAUGCUAAGAGAAAAACUCAUCAGCUGGAGGCUUUCAGAAGACCAGAAAAGGAAAUUAAAUCUGCUUCUGGAUGAAAAGCAGUUGGAAAACCUGUAUGUAAAACUUAAGAAGAAGGAUGACAAAUUAAUUUUAUGGGGUUUACCAAAACAUCUCCGUGAUGCUGAAAGGCGCAUCAUGUACCUUCUUAAUGCUGAAGACCCUUCAGAAACUGAGAAAAGGGCACUGCUGUCCUCUGAUCUCAACAACCAGGAAGCUUCGGGAGUGUGGGAGAAAUAUGGUGCCAGGCAAAAGAGUAGUUAUUCAUCCACAGAACAGGCUAAGGCGAAGACAGAAGACACCGAUGAUGAUACCUGCCCUAUUUGCAUGGAGAAAAUUAGCAAUAAAGCGAUCCUGACAAAGUGCAAACAUGAGUUUUGCAAAAGUUGCAUCGAAACAGCUUUGCAAUACAAGCAAACUUGUCCUGUUUGUAAUACUGUCUAUGGGCUCGUGCAAGGAGAUCAACCAGAGGGAAGAAUGUGUUUUAGAAGGAUUUCUACACCUCUCCCUGGCUAUCCCAGUUGUGGUACUAUUGCGAUUGAAUACAUUAUGCAGAGCGGUAUUCAAACUCAGAACCAUCCAAACCCGGGGAAACCUUACUCUGGAAUUACUCGCAAGGCGUAUUUGCCAGACAAUGAGGAAGGGCAAGAAGUUCUGAAGCUCCUUGGAAGAGCCUUUAACCAAAAACUGAUUUUUACAAUUGGGAAUUCGCGUACUACUGGUGCAAAGGAUGUUAUCACAUGGAAUGAUAUUCACCACAAAACCUCCAUGUAUGGUGGACCAGCGAAUUUUGGUUACCCUGACCCUGAUUAUCUGAAGAGGGUUCGGUCAGAACUGAAAGCAAGAGGAAUUGAGUGAAGAAAUGUACCAGCCGUCAACUCUGAAGUGUGAUAACUCAACAUGCAGCAGUUCUUUCACUGUUGUGGCACUACGAAGAGAGAAGUUGGUCUGUUCAGCUGCUACACUUAAGUCUCUUGUAUUUCCCUAUGAGCUAAGAAAAGUAAUCUUUCCUGAUCAAACUAC